UAAUAGCGUUAAAACUCAGUCUAUGAGUGCACGCUGUGGUGUCUGGAAGAAAAUAUGAAAUAUUUAAAAAUAUUUCAUCACUUUUACAAACUCAACAAAAUGGUUUCUUAUGUGUUUAAAUUGUAAAAUUAAAAAAACUAAAAUACGGGUAGAUACAAAAAAGCGAGCAAUAGUGACAUUGUGUGUUGUGUUCUUACCUUAUACUUGUGUGUCAUUUGUGCCUGAAGUAAAGUUUCCAAGCUUUAACUUGAACUUUUGAAUAUAAGUUUAUGAAAAAAUAACAAGUGCAGUUAUAAGUGGAAAUUACCAAUGCCUAUACAUUACUCAGUAAUUGGCUGCCCCAAUUAAUUUUAUCACAACAUAUCGAUCGCUAAAGGUCUAAAUAAUAUGGGCCCAAAUAAUUGUAUCGCAAAAUGCGUUUGAAAAAGACGUUGUUGUUGUUCGAAAAUGAUUUCCAAAUACAUACACGUGAUAAUGAUGAAGACAUUCCUUUGUUACGGGACGAGGGCAUCGAUGGUGAUGACCGGCCUCAGACGCCGUCCAGUCAGCAGUUCAACGUGAUAAGACGCGUCUACCACCAGGAUGUACUUAAUAAGGAUGCCGACUAUCAUUUGCCUGAAAAGCCUUUGAGCUAUACGGCCAAAAAAGCGGUCCAGAGUUGCGGUUUUGGGGAGUGUCUAUUUAAUUCGUUGCCGAUCAUAAAAUGGCUGCCCGCUUACAAACCGAAGACAGAUCUGAUUGGCGAUUUGGUCGCCGGCGCCACCACUGCUGUUAUGCACAUACCACAAGGAAUGGCGUAUGCCCUGUUGGCCCAAGUGCCACCAAUUAUAGGGCUCUACAUGGCAUUCUUUCCAGUUCUCGUGUAUGUUGUGUUCGGAACUUCGCCCCAUGUGUCGAUGGGAACUUUUGCGGUAGCCUGCUUAAUGGCUGGAAAGGUUGUUACCGAGCACGCAGCACAUGAAGUUCCAAUGAAUGGGACAGAUAUUGCUGAAGGGACCCUACAACUGACAUCGCAGUUCUCAAACGUACAAGUUCUUAGUACAGUCACAUUUGCUGUUGGAUUAAUACAGAUAAUGAUGUGGGUACUCCGCCUUGGAGCGGUGUCAACGUUACUGUCAGAGCCUCUGGUCUCUGGCUUUACAACGGCGGCAUCCUUGCACGUAUUAGCUUCACAAGUCAAGGACCUCUUCGGGAUAAGACUGCCUAAACUAGGAAGCAACUAUAAAGUCGUCUUUACUGUCAUAGAAGUCUUUAAAAACAUGUCGAAUUUGAAUUGGGCAGCGUUUAUAAUCUCGUUCAUCACAUGUCUCGUCAUAUCACUCAACAAUGACCUACUUAAGCCAUGGGUCAGCAAGCGAAGUAGGGUGCCGGUGCCUAUAGAGUUACUGGCGAUAGUUAUAGGAACUCUUGUGUCUAAAUUCGUUGAUCUUAAAACUAACUACGGUCUUUCAUUAGUUGGUACUAUACCUACUGGUCUCCCAGUGCCAGAAGUACCACCUAUGCAGCUCCUCCCAGAUAUAGCUUUAGACGCAUUCACCAUAACAAUGGUCACUUACACCAUAUCAAUGUCUAUGUCACUGAUAUUCGCAGCAAAGGAGAAAUAUGAAGUUGAUGCUAAUCAGGAACUGUUAGCACUGGGAGCGAGUAACGUGUUCGGUGCGUUCUUUACAUGCGCUCCGAUGUGUGCCAGUUUGUCUCGCUCAUACAUACAGUAUCAGGCGGGUGGUAAGACUGGUAUAACGUCAAUAGUGAGUGGGUUGUUAAUUCUGUGCGUACUUCUAUGGGUUGGGCCUUUCUUCGAGCUACUGCCACGUUGCGUUCUGGCUUCCAUCAUCGCUGUCUCGCUCAAAGGCAUGUUCAUGCAAGUCACAGAACUCGCCAAAUUCUGGCGGCUGAGUAAACUAGACGCACUAGUAUGGCUUGCUACAUUUUUGACUACUGUCCUCAUAGACAUAGAUAUUGGGCUUGGCGCGGGUCUUCUAGCCUCAGUGGGAGCUCUAUUCGUGCGAUCUCAGCGACCGUAUACAUGCUUAUUAGGAAGAGUUCUUGAUACAGACCUCUACCUCGAUAUCAAACGGUACCGUGCGGCGGAUGAACUUCCCGGGGUAAAAAUAUUCCACUACUGUGGUGGACUCAACUUUGCCAGUAAGAACCUCUUCAGGGCCACACUGUUCAGGAAAAUUGGCUAUUUGAAGGAGACAGAUGAAGACAAUCUCACUAACAAGAGUGAGUCGUACGAGUGGGAUUCUACUCUUAGCAGAAAGAUAAACUGUGUAAUAAUAGACGCGACAGCACUAUCUUAUGUUGACGCGCCGGGGAUCAAAAGUCUUCUCUCCGCUCAGCAAGAACUCGUCAGCAGUCACAUCACCGUUCUUUUAGCUGGCGCUAACGGUCCCGUCCUAGAAAUGAUAGAGAAGUACAAUUCUUUAGAGUCAGAGCAGUUGCAAGUGGAAACUUUUCCGACGGUCCACGACGCCGUCGUCUACUACAAGAUGUUAGAGACCAAGAAGGAACCCACCAUCACCAUUGCCACGUGAUUAGAAAUUUUUUUAGUCAUUUACUACUUCUUGUGAUAGUUAUAUCACUAUUUUUUAAACAUCCAUCACUAAUAUUGAAAUAGGAGUUUCUACAACUAAAUUUGUAAUAAACAUUAUUUUAUUUUAAUAAUUAUACUUCCAUUUUUAAUUCCGUAGAAUUAUGACAGCUAUCAUUUUUUGACAUAUCAGAGAUUACAAACCUAUUUGUACUCUUUUCAAUUUCUAUACGUGUUUGAACAUCUUUAGUCUAUUCAUUUAAUUUGUUAGUGAAUGUAUUCAUUUUAAAAGGUGCUAUUGGUGAAAUAUUAAAAGUGUUUUUACGGCGAGUCAUAAUUACGACGCUUUUUAUCACAAACAGUAAAAAACGCGCAAGUUAAGAUAGAGAGGUAGAGAUUAAAGUUAGUUAAAGAAUAAAAUAAAGUAAUUAUAGUUGAUUCGAUAUAUGUAUCGUUAUAUCGAUAUUGAAAUAUUUGUUAUUUUUGUAUUAGAUCACUUGAAUAAGUAAAUAUUUAGACCGUUUUGUAGGUAAAACAAAAAUAAAUUUGCUCUUAAAUGGGUUAAAUUUGCUCUUAAAUGGGUUAAAUUUGCCCCUUUUACGGUGGAGAACUUUUUAGUAGCAACACUUAUGAAAUGUCAGAACAAUACGGAAUGAAACAUCGGAGUAUAAUUAUUGAAAUAAAACAAUAUAUAACAUUUUAUCAAGUUUGUCUACAAUUACUGCAGUUCAUGCUUUUGUUAAAGUUGUCACCAGAAAUUGCUAACUAUAAUAAUUACAUAUUAAAUGUUUGCCCAAUCUCACUACUCAAAUAUUAAAGUGUUGUUUUAAAGAACCCUAUUUUACUAGUUACUAAGGGUUAAAAUCAGAGUCGACUUGCGACUUAUAACAAUAAAUAUAAAAAAUGCGUAGGAAAUUGUACUUAGCAAAAUUGUACUUAGUAAGUCUCGCUAAUCUUAUGUACAAAGCCACCCAAGACUAUGGGAUUUCAAGGGAAAGUACCUUCAAUAUGGUCUGUAGAAUAUUUUGCCGAAGAAACUAUAUUUUGAUUGAUGGUAUGGUUACGGUUAGUUAAUUAUGAGGAAUCGAACUCAAAUGUGAAAACACAUAAUUUUUUCAAAUAUUUUGAAAGAGAGAAACUACGUAAAAUUUUUUAUGUAAUAAUAAUACUUUCAGCAAAAUAUACUAUCUACGAUAUUUAAUACUCUCUCCCUUGAUGUCCCAUAGUCUUGAGAUGCCUCUCGUGUAUACUCUCGAUAAAAAUUUGUUGUUUUCGUGCGUCACACAAGGUGUACGCUGCCAUAUACGAGUAUUUUAGAUUUUAACGAAUAUUUAUGAUUCUAUUUGCUGUGACUUGUGUGAUUGUUGCUAAUUUUACGUGUACCCUUUUAUCGGUUAGACAGAGCUAUAAUCAUUUUCUACUUACCAAGGAAAAUUAUCAUUGGAAAAAUGCAGCAUUGCCAAACUUCAUAUAAGAAUAUCCUUGAUACCUAUUAUGUUGGCCAAACUGAUAAUGAAUUACGGAUUUAUUUUAUAGACGAAAAUAUCGACACGCUUAGCCUUCUUGGUUCAUCUUUAAUCGUUCUAUUUAAAAACUUUAUUAGAUUUUAGUAACUAAUUUUGAAAAUGGAAGACUUUCAUUUGAUUUUUAAUCCACUUCUCAAUUUAUUUUGGAAAAUAAUAUAAAAUCAAGCGAUGAUGGCAAUGCGAGUGUUUAUUAUUUCUAUAAAUUAUUUGUAUUAUCUUACCUUGACGUACCCUAAUCCAUAAAUAUAAAAAAUAUGUCCCUUAAGUGAUCAACUGUUGUAAUAUACUUAUUAAUAAGAGAAUUGCCAUAUUUAAUUUACAAAUUGGCUAUCUGUUAAAAAAAUCUCGAACGAUUAAAUACACUUAAACGACCAGUACAGUAAACAAUGUUGAAUAUGUAUCUAAGAUUUAGAGUCGAGAUCUAGACAGUGUAACUCGCGUUUGUCAAAAAUUAACCGAUUUUUGACAUACGGGAGUCACAUCUAUCGCUAAGUCUGGACUCUGCAAUACCGAGGCAAUGUUGAUGGCACUAUAGCAGUUUUAUCCCCACAGUGGGGCAAAGGCCAUCAGACCUAUUUCAUAGUACAAGAUGGUUUACAGUUUGAUAUCACGGUGGCAAUCAUUUUGGCUUAUUUUAUAAAAUCGAGUAAGAAAAGUCCAAAGAAAAAAUGUAAUACACUACUUUAGUGUAACCAUUACUUAAACUUAAACUAGAGGGAUAAUUAAAUUAGCGAAUAUUUGUUUCCAUUUUAUCGUUCAAACCGCCGUUGAAAACCACAUAAAUGUCUACAGUACAAUAAGAUGUGGUUAAACAGUAGCGACCUCGAAUAAGCUCUAUAGAGCUGUUUUGGACUAAGCUUAGGUUAGAAAAUACUUAAUUACCGAGACUGCCUUCGUAUGGUAAAAUCCGAAUUGUGGUUAUUUACAACAUACAGUAUGUACUUUCUACUAGUUAACUGACCAGAGUUCUAUCCAUCGACAUCCCUAAUUUCUCUCGAAAGCUAGACUUUAGUUACGUUACGUUUCGAUAAAUGUAUUCGUACGUUUGGCCAAUUUUCUAUAUAUAAGUUUUACAUUAUUAGUGCUAUAGAGAUUAAACAGAGAAAAGUUCAUAGAAACGCAGAGCCAUAUGAAACAUAAUUUAAAGGAUUUAUUUAUGAUCGGAGGUUGCCUACUUGUAAAUUAUUACGGUGUUCCGAACUUCUGAUAACUUAAAAAUAGUUACAGAAUGUUGUUAUGUAUAGAACGUUGCAUGUUAUGAAGAUAACAGAAGUUAAAAUUGUAUUUUAUAAAAUUUAUACCUGUAUCUGUAAAACUGUAUAGAUUUUGGGUUGACCAUAUUACAGAGGAGCUUGGGAAACGCAUUGUACCGAGCCAUAAUAUACGAGAUCGAUUUGGUAUACGCUAAGUUUUAUAAUCCCCGUACACGGACCAUUCCGACCUUGUGAAACCUGUUAAAUUAAUAAUAAGUGCUAAAAGCGAUCAGUUUAUACUGAUUAUAUAUUUCAGUUAUAUAAUGAAAUAUAUAACUGAAAUAUAUAAUUCAGUAUAUUUCAGUUAUAUAUUUCAUUAUAACUGAAUGCUUAUAAAAUAUAAUGCUGAAUUAGCAUAAGCUAUUUUCAUGCUUAGUAUGAAAUUAGCUUAUGCUAUUUUUAUACUAAUGUUGAGUGUUUGUUUGUUCCAUCUUGCUAGCUUUGUUGUAUACAAAGAAAAUUGUUUUUAAAUAUUAAAAUAUAUAUGGAACAUAAGAUAGACAGGUGUCACUUUAUUAAGCAACACUCAACUGAAGUUAGAAAAAUAUAUUUUUAUUAUAUUAUGAAACUGAACAAAUGAUGAACUAUUUUUGUAUUUUAUAACUAACACUGUUUGCAUUUGUGAUUUCGUCUAAAAUACUAAUGUGAAAUGUGAUUUAGGAUGAGCGCACACUUGAAUGGAAUACAUACAUUUAUUUAACAAUUUGAAACUGUGCGCUGAUCCUAACCAUUUUCAAAAAGAUCUUUUCUUCAAAUCAGAUUUUCCGCGAGGUGUUUAAAUACUUAAAAAAUUUUAGAUCUAAAAAUCUCGAGGACUAUCUUCCUUCGCGUUACUUAAAUUAUUUACUUAAGUGUAACGUACUAUUGUGAUAUUUGUACCUAAGAUGUGUAUUUGUACUUAUGUUAAUAAAUAGUUAUUUUGUGUACAAUU